CUUUGGAUAGACUUAUAACAUCUUUGGCUACAUCGAUGCAAAGCGGUUUAGCAGACGGCUUAAUUGCUAUAUUCUUAUUCUUUCAAGAUGGGCUUUCUCAGUAGAUUGCGCCAGCGCGAUGACAAGCGUACGCGCGCGGCAGAACUCACGCUGCGCGAAUCCAUCUAUCCGCUCAUGCUAGUCACGGUUUUGUUCUUCCUCUGGGGCUUCUCAUAUGGCCUCAUCGACACACUCAACAAACAUUUCCAAGAAACCCUGGGAAUCACACGCUCGCGCUCUUCGGGUCUGCAGGCAGCGUACUUUGGCGCAUAUCCGCUUGCUUCGCUGGGUCAUGCGAAUUGGGUUCUGAGGAAUUGGGGGUAUAAGGCCUGCUUCAUUUGGGGCUUGUGUCUGUAUGGCGUUGGCGCGCUGCUUGCGUGGCCGUGCCUUGUGUACCGCUCUUUUGGCGGUUUUUGCGCGGCGACGUUUGUCGUGGGAAAUGGCCUUGGAUCGCUCGAGACGGCUGCGAAUCCUUACUUGGCUGUCUGUGGACCUCCAAGAUACUCAGAGAUCCGUAUCAACAUCGCGCAAGCUUUCAAUGGUAUCGGGACGGUAGUUGCGCCAGUCCUUGGUUCAUAUGUAUUCUUCAAGAAUACUGGCACGGAUGAGAAGUCGCUGGAGAGUGUGCAAUGGGUGUAUCUUGCAAUUGCAUGCUUCGUCUUCCUGCUUGCUGUCGUUUACUUUUUCAGCCCGAUUCCAGAAAUCACUGAUGCGGACAUGGCCUUCCAAGCCGAAACGACACACGCCGGAACAGACGUGAAGCCCUUCCGGAAACAAUGGCGACUUUUCCACGCUACGUUUGCGCAAUUCUGCUAUACUGGAGCACAAGUCGCCAUUGCCGGAGCGUUCAUCAACUACGUCACUGAGACUCGUGUUUUCAACGGCGUCGCGUCUGGCUCAGAUACUGGUGCGCGCUUCCUAGCCGGCGCUCAGGGGACAUUUACACUAGGUCGAUUCGUCGGCAGCGCACUGAUGAAAUUCGUCAAGCCGCGCUGGGUUUUCUUCGUCUUCAUGACCAUGUGCAUCAUCUUCAUCAUCCCGUCCAUCACCGAACGCGGCAACAUCGGCAUGAGCAUGCUCUACAUCGUGCUCUUCUUCGAGUCCAUCAUCUUCCCCACCAUCGUCGCACUGGGUAUGCGCGGUCUCGGAAAGUACUCCAAGCGCGGCUCAGGCUUCAUCGUCGCUGGUGUUGCAGGAGGAGCCGUCGUGCCUCCACUUCUAUUUGUUGCGUCGGAUUCGCAGGGAAAGCCAAACCCCGUGACGGGACAUGCGCCGACGGCUAUUGCAAUGGCGGUGCCGAUGGCGUUCUUCAUUGCCGCUUGGAGUUAUCCAAUUUGCGUCAACUUUGUGCCGGCGUAUCGUAAUGUGGCGGAUAGCUUCUCGACAACGGAGAUUGGCAUUGCGAAUGCGCAUGCGAACGAUCCUGAGAAUUUGGGUGGUGUGAAGAGCAAGGAGUCGUCUCCGACGAGGAUGGAGACUGUGGACGGAAAUGAGAAGAUCUGAUCUCGAGACGCAUACUUGUGGAUUUCCUGUCAAAACGUACUCUGCGGCAGGGAAGAUAGGACCUAGCUUGAUAUGGUCGGUUGCCAUUUUGGAUUUGCCGAAGUGCUUGACGCUGAUAUGAAUGUAGAGCGAUAGCUCGACUGAAGUUCUCUGAAGUCUAUCAAAGAUGAUUCAUGCA